AUAAGAAAAUUUCUCUCAAGAUAUUUAUUUCAUAACCAUUAUAGGGUUAUAAAAUGUAAAUUUGACUUCAACGGUUUUGUGAAAUGGGUACCGGUGGGUCGUUUUUGAAUAAUCCAGAAGACGACGAUAUUUUUGGUAACGACCUGAAUGGAAGCAGUCAUGGGGUCAUCAAAAGAAUCCCAGUGGAAAUAAAACCCAGAGGAAAACUAGGAAUAUUUAGUCAUGGCUCCAGCAGAAAUAAAAGAAUCGGGGGGAGUUUGCAGUCAGCUUUGUCGGUGGAUCUGGAAAAUCCGGAGGCGGAGAAAAUCAAAAAGGAAUUUGAGAUGUACAGACUAAACAAAGAAAAUGACAUAGCAGACAUGAAGAAGAAAGAGACAAGAUUACAAAUAGAAAACAAACGACAGAAAGCGGAGCUCUUAGUCCUCCAGAAAACCUGUACCAAUCUCCGGGCAGAGCGUGACAAGGCAGCGGAAGCGGAGCAGGCAGCCCAGGCCCGGGCAGCAGCAUUUCAAAGUGACAGAGACAAAGUCCAGAGAAAUUUUAAAAUUUUUAGGGAAAACAUGGAGUUACAGUUACAGACAUUGUUGAGGGAUAAAAGAGCCCUAGAAAAUAAAGUGUUCAAAAUGGCCUCUGGUUAUAGUCUAGAGGAUUCAGAAACUUCAAACAGACCAGAUUUUGAUGCAUCUUUAGGAAGUCCAAACCCAGGUGACUGGUGGACAGCCCUAGAGAGUGAGCCCUCACUAAGUAAUAUGAGCCAGGGGCACCAGACAACAUUGAGGGGACCAGAAUUUGCACACGGCAUGAUGGAGACGGAGGGUCCAUUCAACAAUAUUAAUAAGGAGGAUUGGAGCUCUGUAAUAUCCAGCCUGACUAAGAUAAUCCCCAGUCUCCCCGAGCAUGCCCUCAGCCCCAUCAUCAGGAUCUAUGUGUCCGCCCCCCGCGAUACUCACGUCGAAGUGGAGAUAUUUCAGAAGGAAUAUUUCCCACGCCUGGCAGCUCUCUGUAAUGGGGAGGGAAGGGAGCUAAUCAUGAUCCACCUGACAAUAGAUGACAAUGUUAACCUUACUCCACAGGUAAUUGAAAGACAGCAGUUAACAAGAAAGAGGCAGAUAGAAAAAUCAUCCAUAUUUGUGGGUUUCCUUGGAGAUGCUGCAGACAGGUUCACUAGCUGGGAGUACAAGUGUGGUUACUUAGAGAAUGGUAGCAAUCUGUCUGCUGUGUUCUCCUUCAGAGAUGGAAAAGGUAACAGAGCUAGUCACACAGAAGCAAGUGAACUCAAAAACAAAGUAAGACAGAAAGGGAAUGCCAAAAUAAUUGAUGGCUACACGGCACCUUCCCGUGGAGUAGAGCAAGCUGUAAUGGAGAUAGAAAAGAUGAUUAAAACAGAAGUUGGUAUGAACACUGGACAGGAGAGCAUUGAGGAUGAAGAGAAUGUAGCUGGGGAAAUGGAGGGGCCUGACAAGAUAUGUGGGGGACAGGCCUGGGAUAUACACGGGGAUUACGAACAAAUGGAGGCAUUUAACUUCUCAAUCAAGUCCAGCUGUGAACUGGGAUUUGAGAAGCAUUAUGAGAGGCUGAAUGCUCACAUUUCUUCAGCUGGACUUCUUCCUCCCUUGUUAAUUAUUGGAGCCCCAGGAUCUGGCAGAUCACUGCUGUUAGCUCAAUGGAUGAAUCUACAACAGGAGAAGACCCCAUCUGGUCAGGUAUUGUACCAUUUUGUCGGGUCUGAAUCUUCAGUUAGUGCAGACCCCAUCUUCAUGAUCAGAAGGUUAACUUCCCAGCUGAUGCAGAAGGUGAACUCCCCACCAGCCCUGACCGCUGAUCCAAUCAGAUUGGUGGAGGAAUUCCCACGAUGGCUGGAGAAAGUCUCAGAGAAAACCCCAGGAGGGGUCAUACUGGUUCUGGAUUCAAUCAACAAAUUUCAGCAAGCAGAGAUCCACCUAAAAUGGCUAUUGGAUCCACUCCCAGUUGAUGUCAGGGUUAUUGUGACUGCAGAUGAAGAAACGUGUCCUCAAGCCUGGAGGGCAUGGCCUACACUGCAUGUUGAACCACUCAGCAACAAGAAUGUAAAGGAGCUGAUCCAUGCUGAGCUAGCCACGAUGGACGCCCAGAUUGGAUCAGAAGACAGCUUGAUUCUGACCCACUGUAGAACCCCAGCUACCUGUAGUCCUCUCUAUGUCAUGGUUCUAGCCAGACAUAUUGCAGGGUACCUGAAACAUGAUGGCCAGGUGGGAUCCCAGCUGGAUGUUCUGCUGACCUGUCAGGAUUGUGUCAGCUUGUAUGGCAAAAUCCUGGAUCUACUCCGGAUAAGUCUGGAAUCUCAGGAAACAAGGGGCUUCCUGAAAUCUAUAUUAAGAUACCUCUAUGUAAGUCGUGGGGGACUCGCUGAGACAGAGUUACUGGCCUUGAUACCAAACUUGACCUGGAACUUUCUGACUGUAUUCACUGAAGUCCUUACUGAUCACUUGGUGCUGAAGUAUCAAGGGGGACUACUAACUUUUGCUCAUGAACAGGUUAGGUGUGCUGUACAGGACUACUGUUUUGGGAAGGAUGAGGCGCGGCUAGUCAGUCAGCUUAGAAAAGAUCUUAUUAAAUAUUUCUCACAGUUCUUAAGUCCUGGGCAGGUGACUUGUCGAGUGGCAGAUGAGUUACCAUGGCUGCUUAAGAUUGAAGGAGACAAAGAAAAUCUGGAAAAGUGUAUACUGAACUUGUGUAUAUUCCAAAGGCUGUAUGCAAGGGGACGGUGUGCUGAGUUGAUCAGUUACUGGCAGUCUAUCACAACAGACAAAAACAGUAUGGCUCAGGCUUACUUCACAGCUACCAGGAAAAUGGAAGAAGUUGUGGGGCAACAUGGAGGACUGAUCACUCUACCCCGGAUUGCUGACAUGUUUGAGUCUCUGGGACAAUUCCUCAAAGACUUGGGACUUCUGAACCAGGCUGUUCCAGCCUUACAGAAAGCAUUAGAAAUCCGCGAGAUUGCCCUGGAUCCGGAUCAUCCGAUUGUAGCCAGAUCCCACCACCAACUGGCUGGGCUCCACGCCCAGUGGGGGAAAUUCUCCACAGCGGAGACCUUCUAUAAACAGGCCCUGGAUAUAUAUGUGGAUAGGUACGGCUCUGACCACUACCUGGUGGCCAAGGAACUGGAUGCCCUCGCCGUCCUUUAUCAAAAGCAGGACAAGCAUGACCUGGCAGAACCUCUCAAGAAGAGAGCUGUAUCCAUUAGAAAGAAAGUGAAGACACCAAGAUCUAAUUCUGGACAGAUGAAAUCAGUUGUACAGAGGAGAGCUCUUCAGCUUGAGGAGUUAGCAAUUGGUCCAGACUCCUUAGACCUGGCAAGAACCCUUAAUGAGCUUGGAGUGUUACAUUAUUUACAAAAUGAUUUUGAGGCCUCUGAGUCUCUGUUGAAGAGGUCCCUAGAGAUGAGGGAGGCUACUCUAGGAUCAGAUCACCCUGAUGUGGCCCAGUCACUGAACAACUUAGCUGCUCUGUACAAUGACAGAAAACAGUACGACAAGGCAGAACCUCUGUAUGAGAGAGCCCUGCAGAUCAGACUGAAGCAUUUCAGUGUAAACCAUGAUAGUGUAGCCUCAGUUAUAAAACACCUGGCUUUACUCUACAGGAAACAGGGUAAAUUUGAGUUGGCCGAGCCCCUGUACAAGCGAGCUAUUGAAAUCAGGGAGAAGUCCUUUGGACCAGAUCACCCCUCUGUGGCCACAGCCUGUGUUAAUUUAGCAGUGCUAUACUCACAACAGAACAAGUAUAUAGAAGCUGAACCCCUGUACAAGAGAGCCCUCCAGAUUUAUGAGGAAAGCAUGGGCCCCCAUCAUCCCCGAGUGGCAGAAACUCUGAGGAACCUAGCUGUCAUGAAAUAUGAAAUGAGAGAUUUUGAAACCGCGGCCAAACUGUACAAAAGGGCCACAGAAAUCAAAGAUGGAGAUAAUUCUUACGGGGUCAAGGUCAUGUCGCGAAGGUGUUCUAGCAGUGACACAAAUUCUACUGUUAAACUGAUGAUGAAUUCAUAGCAAGCGAAAUCAAGGAUUUUCAAUUU